AUGAGAGACACCCCAAAGCCUCAUCAUCAAGCGGAGUGCAUCUACGGCCGAGUCUCCGGCACUGCACAGAUCCAGACGAAGAGUUCCGACGCACCCGUCGCAACGGCGUUGACGCCAGGUGAGCAAGAUCCAACCACACUCACCGGCGACCACUGGACCUUUGAUGGCGACCAAAUGGAUCUUGGUCUCGUUAGUCAGGAGGACUGCAACUACAGCGACACGCUCUUCCACCCACCAGCGAACUUCCUGUCCACGAUCGAGACUCUGUUCGAUGCGGCCCCUCCAAUCCCCAAACCUCUCGCCCCAAACCUCAGUCUCCAACCCGUGGACCUCAUGUGCUCCAUCUCGGACACCCAUCGACUCCUCUCCCUCGCGAGCCAACCAACCUCUGAGCAAAAGACUAUGGGCCAAUGCCUCGCCCCAAGCUGUCGCCGUUUCAUCACUGCCACGCUCCGAACAUUCCCCCGGCUCAUGGCCCAGCCGGCCAAGUGGCCGCCCUUUAUCCAUCCGCUUGUCAGCAGCCUGCAUUUCGACGAGCGAGACAUCGAACCCCCACCAACCCCGCCCCAGCCGCUGAAGCCGCUGGCUGCUUGUCGCGUCAUUUCUCAGGGCUUCGUGGCGCGGUCAGAGGGGUCAAUGGACUUUCUCUGGCGGAGCAUCGAGGCCGAGGAGCGGUGGAUCAAAAGUGAUGUCAGUAUCAGUCCCAAGCGGGAUGGGCGCGGCGUUCAGCUGACAGACGCGCAGAUGCACAAGUUUUCGCUCGGGGAAUUGCUGGCCGCUAUGCAGGCGAUGGUGAUUUACACAAUCAUGCGAAUGAUCGACUUUGGUCCUGACUAUUUUACCGAGCACGACGGCAUGAUUACCACGAUGCAAGAUCUUGCUUAUGUAUAUUCGUCCCGCGUCCCUGGACCCUUCAGCCCGCCACACGAGCGCAAGGUUGGGCUUCGAUGGAAGGACUGGUUGUGCGAGGAAGUGCGGCGACGGUAG